GCACGAGCCUGAAAGGUUAAAGCAAGGGACGUCGCUCCAGACCAAACGCGGAAAGAAAAAGAAAACAGUCAUUGCAGAACUGUAAAAUUACUUUAGACAGACACGAAUAACGUUAACUACAGCCGCGGUACUCCAGUACAAAGGCAUAAUAUAACAUAAUGCCAAAAAAGAAAGACACUGGAAAAGGUGGCGCUCCUAUGCCAAGAAUUCGAGAAAACUCGAGACUUAUGCGCACACAUGAAACUAUGGUAGAUUUCAUAAGUGGACGUCAUUCUUCAAACUCUAUCCUGGAUGUCUUUGCCUCUGGUUUAUUAGGUUUAGAUUUUUUAAGGACCUUUGAAGGGGAGCUGGAGAGCGACAUCAUAUAUUCUGACGACGACGACGAUGAUGAUGACGACGAUGAUCACUAUUGUCCACAACAUGCUGCUCACAGGUCUUUAGAACCACAUCCACGAAUAAAACAACUCACUGACGAGGAGGCUGAUAAACAUGCGAAGGAAUUGAAAGAAGAAGAGGAACGACGGAAAGAGAAAACUAAGAAAAACAAGCGUAAGAAAUUGCGUAAAAAAGAAAAGAAACGGAUAGACAAGGAGAAUGCUGUUAAAAAUAUUUUACCUGAGGAAGAGCAAGGGAAGUCAGACUCGUCAGAAAAUCAGGAAGAAAAUCCUGUUAGUGAAAAUAAUGCAGUGGCAAAUGAAUCUCCUGAAUCUGGUAAAACACUAAAUGGAACUGCGGUGGCUGCAUAUAAUGAGAGCAGUGAUAAUAAUAAAGAACAUUUUGUGGAGGUGAAUAAAAAAGAAGAUGGGGAGCAAAAGGAUUUGGAUUUAAAUCAUUCAAAUUCUUCUACAACAAAAUCGGUGCCUGAGCAGACGUGUAACCAGAGGCCUGCAAAUGAACGAAAAAAGGAAAAAAAUAAAUUAGUGAAAUUCCAGCAGUCCCUGGAGGAAAAGAAAAAGGUUGUUGAUAAACCUGAAAUUCAAAAGAAAGAAGAGAAACCUCAACCUAAUACAGAGAAAACAGUGGACCCUGCUGCAGAAGAGUUGGCAAAAAGAAGCAGAGAGCUUGCUGGUAUGGGAAAUCGCCUGGCUGCCACUGGACAGUAUGAGAUGGCCGUGAAAUGCUUUACUGAUGCAAUUAAAUACAACCCAAAGGAAUUUAAGUUAUUUGGAAAUCGGUCCCUGUGUUAUGAAAGACUGCAGCAGUAUGAAAACGCUUUCAGGGACGCAGAUCUAGCUCUCUCCAUGGAGCCAAACUGGAUAAAAGGUUUAUUUAGGAAAGGAAAAGCUCUCUGUGGGCUCAAGAGAUACUACGAGGCCUCGCUAAUCUAUAAGGAGGUGUUGAAGCUGGAAAGUUCGAGUGCUGAAGCCACGCAAGAGCUGAAACGAGCACAGACGUUGCACCUAAUGGAAAUGGGAUUCACCUGGGCGCAGAGCUCCGAGGCCUUGAAAACACACGCCACGUUAGAGGAAGCAGUUGAAGCUCUGUUUGGUGACAACGAUGCCUGCGCCAAUUGGGACUACACAGACCAACCAGUGGCGCAGGAAGAAGACUGCGAUGAAGGGGAGUGGACUGUCCGACAAACAACUCGUCCUAGAAUGCAGCCGGUCAAAGAGUUGGAUGCCUUUGGCCAAAACAGAUCGAAUUCUCACUCUCCAACACCCCAUCCAAGGAAUUUUGUCAAACCUGACCUUUUCCCCAUUUGGGUUGGAUCCUUGGCUCCUGCUGUCACCUACUCAACACUCCACGAGCUCUUCAGCAGAGCUGGGACUGUGUACAGCAUCAAGAUGCUGCUGGAACACCAGUGUGCCUUUGUGAACUACGCCAAAAAAGAAGACUGUGACAGAGCCAUCCAGUGUAUUAAUGGAAUGGUGGUAGAGGGCGCUCCACUCUCGGUGCGAUAUCCCAAUAAAAUCCCCACUGGACUUGGAAUGUCCAGAGCGGCCGCCAUUGACCCAUAUUCACGCCCCGGCUUGUACAAGAAGGAGUGCUUUUUCUGGAGGACCACCGGCUGUACCAGGCAGGACUGCACCUACAGACACGUCCCAGAGCACAAGCAUGUUGACAAGGACAAAUUCACCAGUAGACUGGGAAAUGUGAACAUGUAGGAAGU